CAUUUGCAAAAGGAAGCAACAGCAAAAGGAGAAUUGCACACAUACACCCCCUCCCAAUAACAUAACAAACAAAAACUCCUGUUUAAAAACGUCUCUCCCACACAAACACAAGAAAAUGUAGGAGACACAAACAACAAUUUGUUUUGCAACGGUAACUUUAGGUGAGAGUACAAAUUCAAUGAGUACAGUGCUCAAUAAAUGGGUGGUAUUAUUAAGCAAGGAAGAGAGAGAAAUGCCAAAAAAGAGACAAUGACGUAUGACAUUUGUUUAACGGUAACAAACAAAACCCAGAGAGCACAUGAGAGUAAUGCAGAAAAAAGGAAAGUAGAAAUAGAAGGCGCGCAAAAUUCCAUUGUGUGAUGUGCUCCACAGCCAUGAUGAUGACGAUGACGACGACGCCAACCAAAAAAAGAGGUUCAUCAUUACACAAAGAAAACAAGAAGCAGCAUAAAUAAAGCGCCAACAAAACAGUACACAACAAGGACUACUCACAUAAGGACUCUCAAACAUUUUUACUUUGACUUUUGAGCACACAACACCACGCACCAACGCACGCAAAAGUCCAAUGAUAAUCUAUUAAAAAUGACUGCUGAAAAUUACCACCUUAAAUGGGACUCGCACCAUUCUUAUUUGAAUUCUUCCGUCGCAACUUUAUACAAAAAUGAAAAAUAUGCCGAUGUUGUUUUAUACAGCUCCAACAGUACAAUAUCAACGAAUAAUUCCAUGCCCAUCGUUGGUAUAUCAGCCCACAAAUUCAUCUUAAGCUCAUGCAGUCAGUUCUUUUCGAGCAUCUUUGAGACCUCGCCGAUUUCGAGCAAUGGCAGCAAUUUUCACAUUGUCUUACCGCCCGAUUUAAGUCAUCGUGCCAUACAGAUCUUAGUACAAUAUAUGUAUAUGGGAGAGGCCACGGUAUCGAAUGAUAUUUUGAGUGAAGUGCUGAAGGGUGGAGAGAUCCUUAAGAUACGUGGUCUAUGUCGAACCUCAAAUCCCGUUACAAAUGUGCAAACAAAUCGUAGCAGCGAAACCAUACAAACAUCUCCGGCUAAUGGUGCCACAUACAACUUGAUACGCAUGCCAUUGACAAAUGGGCCCACUUCGGUACGCUAUUUGGUGGAACAACAGGCAUCAACGGUUUCCAGAAGCCUCAAUGUCUCAACAUUGCCCAAGACCAGUCCAGUUAUUGUUAAGUCCACGAAACCCUUGAAUACCAUAACCGUGCCGUCUGCGGUCAACAUUGGCAAGUUGGCUGGCCAACAUCCCAUCAGCGUGAACAAACAUGUGGCCAUUGAUCCGGGUGAAAAAUGCUGUUAUACCGCCGAAACAACAACCACGUCGUCGUCAUCGUCAUCGUCUUCGACCACACUCAGGGAUGAAUCAUCAUCUUCCAUAUGCAACGAAAUUGGAUGUAACGAUUGUACACGUAUGACGACGGAAAAUCAUGCAACCCAACAGAUACUGGUGGCCAGGGAUGGCCACGCUCAGAUGGAGAACAAUGGCAAUAUUUGCCACACACAUUGUCCGGAAUACUUGCAACAAACUGCGGGCAAUGAAUGUGUGGAAGACUCCCAAUAUGACCAAGAAAUGCAUUUGUCCAGCGAACACGCAGCAGAUUAUAAUGUCUCCUCUGCACGAAAUGAGAAUUACAAAUAUUCCCAGCAUUUAAUUUCCACCACAGCUUCGUCAUCCAUAGCUGUGACAGUACCGGCACAAUCCCUGCCACCAACUACCUCCACGCAGGUUGUGGUACAUCAAGAUGUGGUCACAAUCCCCACAUAUGUGGCCAUUAAGGAAGAGCCCUCUGAAUGGAUGGCAGCCAGCUCCUCUUCCGCCUCCGCUAUACAUCAUGGCAAUGGAUUGCAUCCAACAUCAGCCGCCUCCUCCUUGCCAUCGUCGUCGUCGUCUCUAAACAAAAAGACUGCAGCACAAAAUCAUGAGUAUAAAAUGCAAAAAAUUAAAACCGAAACUCCACCACAGCCACAGGCGACUCCAACGUCAACUACUUCCCUGAAAAUGGGGGAUGGCGACAAUUGCAAAUUGAUCUCGAAUGUUGCCAACGAUUUCGAAACGUAUUUCUCCUGUGACAUUUGCAAGAAAGUUUGCGAGGAUAAAACUUCUCUGGUGCGUCACUUGGAAACACAUGCCGCACCGACACCAGGAACAUCAAGCAGUUUUACUGUACCUCCGCCACCGGUUGCAUGUGAAACUACUACUGUCGCCACGGCCGCCGCCGCCGCUCCAUCAAAGUCAUCCUAUGUGCCAAAGAAGAGACGUAGAAUAUCGCAACAAGAAAAUACCUCGGAACAUGUUUGUCUUCAAUGUGAUAUAUGCAAUACACGUUUUGAAACACCACAGGAAUGGGUGCGUCACAUGAGUACCCAACACACUGAAGUUGAAUUGGCCAUAUACAACAAUAAAAAGGAUGCGGAAAAAAACAAUCAACCAUCUACUUCAAAUCACAACAAAAAGCAGGCUUCUAAUGUACAACAACAACAACAAAGAGUUCAAACCCUGAUAAGUGGCAGCACAAAUUCCAAUAUAACGAAUAGUACUUCCGUAGUGUGUACUUCACCGCCAACCGCAGCAAGUGGUAGUAGUGGUGGCGCAGGCAAUGGUGGGACCGGUAGUGGCAUCAGUGAUCCAAAUGCAACAGGUUACUUGAGAUCUACUUUAUCUCCCGCCUAGAAACCAAUCGGGGAUCUAUCUUUUUUAAAUUAAAUUAUUAUUAAUAUUAUUAUACAAAAAAAA